AUGUUAGAGGCUUCCAAACGAACUUGGGAGACCUCACACAGUCACAUAAUCCCACAUCAACCUGACAUAAUUACUGCUGUGGAAACUUUCUUGAACUCGACAGUACCUGAGAAUUUUGGGAGGGUUGGUGGUUACUCCAAGUGGCACAGACGUGACAGAACGCAUGGUACUUUUGGAGGCAUCGCUGUCUGCUUUCGAAGAACACUACAUGUACACUCACUUGAGAUUGAUGUAGCAGAUCAUCUUGAACUCAUGUUUUUCAAAAUCUGGACAGACACACAAGAUGCUGUCCUUCUCUGUGUCUGCUACAGACCCCAGUGGCAAGGCUCUGAACCACUUAUUUAUCUUCAAGCCAACCUGGACAACAUUCUCCAUGCAUACUCUUGCAAAAAUAUUAUAAUACUAGGGGAUCUGAACCAACACUUGGUUGAAAGAUCAUUUGAAGAGCUCCUCACUACAUUCGGGCUCACAAAUCAUGUUCAUUUCCCAACCCACAUAUCAGGCUCAUCCCUUGACCCUGUGAUUACUGAUCUGGCUGAAUCAGACGUCAGUUGUACUUCCCUGGGCACAGUUGGCUCCUCCGAUCACUUCGCAGUAUUAAGCAAGAUCAACCUAAAAGCUGCUCGAGAGGAAACUUUGUCCCGUACAAUCUGGCAAUGGGAAAAGGCAGACUGGCAAGGUAUGUGUGAUGCAUUAUCUGAAGCUCCCUGGGAAGACAUUCUCACUGGCACUGUUGACAGGCAAGCACUGGCCUUUACCAAAAUACUAGUCAGCCUACAAGCAAUAUAUGUACCUAACAAGACAUACAAGACAAAAUCCACAGAUCAGCCAUGGUUUGGCUACAAUUGUAGAAUGGCAUCUGACAAGAAGAUGAGAGCCUGGAACCGUUAUAAGCGCCAUCCCACACAAAGAAAUAAAGAUGCUCAUGCUAUGGCUUGCAGGAGAAUGAAAGCUGUCCAAAAAUGGGCAAUUAAUCGAUGGAAGGAGGACCUCCGCUUAAAACUCUCUUGUCGUUCAGUGGGAAGUAAAGCCUGGUGGAGCUGCAUCAAACAACAACAAGGAUUUUCCCCUGACGACUGCAUCCCCCCUCUCAAUAGGCCUGAUGGAUCAGUUGCAACCUCCAGCAGAGAGAAGGCUGAACUUCUGGCUUCGCUCUUCUCCGAAAAGAUGAGAGUACAUGACCCUGACCGAUCUUCUCCUAGUCUGCCUCUCGUGACUCACUCGAAGCUGAGCUCUUUCGUGAUCACUGAAGCAGAAGUCAGGCAGCAUCUAAAUAAGGUUGAUGUCCAUAAGGCCAUAGGACCCGAUAAAGUCAGUCCUCACACACUUCACAAGUGUGCUAGGCAGCUGGCUGCUCCUCUUGCCUCACUUUUCCAAACAUGCCUGAGGUACAGUAAAUGGCCUAAUAUUUGGAAGAAAGCAAACAUUGUGGCAGUACACAAAAAGAAGAGUAAAUCAGAUCCAAAUAACUAUCGACCCAAUUUCACUCCUUUCCUCCGUAGGCAAAAUAUUUUAAAGAUUCUAGCAAACAAACUAACUCAUUAUUUUGAUAAAAAACAUCUACUCAGUACAAGACAAUUUGGCUUCAGGUCACAGAGAUCGGCUUCAGACCUACUUCUGCACCUAACUACAGUAUGGCACCAAGCUCUUGAUACUCGCAAGGACACCUUCGUUGUUGCACUCGAUAUAGCAGGAGCAUAG